AUGGAAGCUCCCGCGUCUGAUGCCUCAUGCGCUCCUAACGAGCCUUGUGCAGCUCCAGAAACAAAAGAUCAGCAACUCGAACAGUCUAUUGCUAAUUCUCCAGCUUAUGAUCCCUUCAAUCCGGCGACCUUCGUAUUCCCAAAACCUCUCCAAGGCACAACCGUUACCAUCGAGUUCUGCGAUAGAUGUCGCUGGCUUCAUCGUGCCACCUGGACUCAGACUGAGCUCCUACUCACCUUCCCACCUCCUCUAAUUGAAUGUAUCUCUCUUCUCCCCCGCAACACCGAUGAAACAGCGGGUCGGUUUAGGGUAUGGCUUACCAUACCUGCCAGUAAUCAAACCGACAGUCUCUCAAACACUUUACUAUGGGAUCGGAAAGUGGAGGGAGGAUUUCCAGAAUUGAAAGUUCUUAAACAAAGACUUCGGGAUAAGAUCCAGCCUGGCAAGUCACUGGGCCAUUCAGACAAAGGAAAUCAUUGA